AUGGCAGAUAAGGUCAUGGAUGCACGGGGAUUCAACAGCAAGGACUCUCACCAACGCACACAUCAUAUCAAAAAGCUGCAUGGAAUGCUGCCCACUCUGAACUCCAUGCAGGCUCGCAAGCCCAACCUGUACCCAACAUGCGUGUGCCAACGAUGCGAGCUCGAGAAGGAGGAUAACGAUCACGUCUGGAAAUGCCCUUCGGCAGCUGAGACCACCACUGAGAUCUGGAAGGAGGCCAUGGGCAAGAUUAAUGAGUGGGGUGUGCAGGCAACAAACAGCUACAACGCAGCCAGGAAGCGAGAAUACAAACGCGCGGUGGACAGAGGUCGUCAGGUACCGAGGCCAGUACCCAUACACUGGUGGCCCCCUUCGGAUGCGGAUCAUGUGCGAGGAUUUUCCUCCAUCGGUGGAGCUCGAGCCGUGCACAGCGGUAGUCCAGCUCUCGAUCGAGACGAGAAACCGAUGUGGAAUGUGUCGGAUCUCCUCCGCGGCAUCACCCCCUUGAGCAUGUUGACUGAAUGGUCCGCGGUCUUCCGGACCCCAAUGUCCAUCGCCAAGACAGUCCUUCACAAGUUUGUUGGCUACCUGGAGGCGCAGGCCUCGGAGCUGAUCUGGAAACCUCGGUGCUCCGCGACGAUCGCAUGGGAACAGACCCAGGGUAUCUCUGCCAAGAACAAGACAUCCAAGUACACAGGCCCCCGAGCGACAAUUGUUGCGCAGAGCCAGGUUCUGGACCGGACUGCGACUGGUGGAUGGUGCACUGAAGAGUUUGGUCUGUAG